CACGUAUACACGCUAGUGUGUUUGAUAGAUAUAACGCAGGCGUCACAAAUAUAAACCCCGUGACUGUAAUAAGAAGAUCAAACAGAUUGUUCCGAUUCGAGUCAAUACCAGAUUAAUAAUUUGCUGAUGUAUAUAUAUAGUAGCUUAUGUAGAUAGCGGGUCUGUCACAUUUGUACUGGCCGUGUUGUCAAAUGGACGUACAUGACUUGUACUAAUGUUUUAAUAGCUUGAAACAAUUAUCGACCACUUCACUCCUCUAUCAUUCAUCCGACUCUCGUCCCAGUCCAUCCAGCAUCAGCAACUGCGCGUGUGUACGACACUAAGGCCGCGCGAACAGCAGCUAGCUCCGUACGAUAGGCCUGAUCGCAACAUGGAGAAUUACGAGCCCGGUAUACUACUGUUCGGCUGACGCUCGCAUGCCGAGGAUAUAAGAGCACAGGAGUUACAAUACCCCGGGACCCGGGCAAAAUGGGGGACCAAACCAUUAUAAAGUGAUGUUGUGACAAAAACACACCUAUACAGGACAAAUCUACAUCGUGCCUUGUGUUAUAUAUGUAUUUUAAAAGUGAUAUAGUGCAGAAAAAAUGGAGUUCAAUACAUUGACAGUUAGACGGGUAUGUCUAGUUAUCGUUAUACUAGCAUGCCAACUAUAUUUUGUGGUACCUGAAGCAGAGAAGCACAGCUUCAUCUUAAAUGCAGGUGUGGUACCGGCACGUGGAGUAAUGCCACCCUGGCUAGAGAUAGUAAAUACCUCUCUUCAACACCAAAACAUGUCCGUCCCUAUAGCUCUGCUGGACCUUACCAUCUCGGAUCACAGAUCACAGUAUGACAAAAUGCUCAAAGCAAUGUCCAAACUAAAGAAAGCCAAUAUCCACGUGGUCAUAGGACCAUAUGACGAUGCGAUUGCCAUGGUUACGGAGAACUUAGGAAUCCCUUAUCUUUCCACGUCUGCGGUCACGAAAAACAAACUUAAUAACACCUUUCAAAUUCUGCCACGUCUAUCGGAUUUUGGCCAAUCAAUCCUUGACAUCGUAAACUACUAUAAGUGGGACAAGGUCAGCCUCUUCUACGAUGAUGACAAAGGUGUGUCCAUCAUUGAAAAACUUUUGACCAAUCAUGAUCUAGUGGUCAAGUCUUGGCGCGUGGACCAAUUGCGUGGAACUAUGCAGAUCAGGGAACAUCUCGUGCACAUGCGCAGAGCGUUUGGUCAGAAGAGCGUCCUUUUCUGCAGCAAAGAGAACACCAGAAAUAUCUUGGAGCAGGCACGGAGUCUUGCUAUGCUGUCAACGCCCUAUGAAUGGUUCUUUUACGAUCCCGGCGAUCAGCUGAAUGAUGUAUUCACCGACUUCCCCGAGGUCACAGUGAAUUUCACCAUGUUUGGUCUGAUGAACGAAUCGGCUUCUUCUAAGAUUGGAGUGAACGAGGACCGUCUCAACAGAUCUCUAGCCAUGGACGCGAUAUCCCUCAUCCGGUCCACGGUGGAUGGUAUCAGGAAUUAUACGACGAUGGAUGAGAGAAAGGUUCUUGUUGAUGCCAUCAAAGAGAUUAGGUUGACGGGACUGACUGGUGUAAUGGAGUUUGAUGAGAGCGGGCGGCGAAGCAAUUUCUCCAUUUUCCUCUCUGAAUACAACGGAUUCGAAAAAUACGCGAUAGGAAAAUGGGUGUCAAUGCCAGACUUCUUCGAUUCGAGAAUUCAGUUCCGGGACAGGAUCAACAGAGGGAACAAAACACAACCAUUUCCUCUAAGAGGAAGAAGGGCUAAAGUCGUCAUGAUUUUGGAACAACCAUUUACCAUGCAUAAGCGUGAUUACCGCUUACGUCACGGUAAUGACCGCUUCGAAGGGUUCGCCGUAGACUUGAUCAAGGAGGUGGCGGAAAUGCUUCAGUUCGACUACGAUAUCUAUCUCGUCCACGAUGGAAUGUUCGGGUCUAAAAUUGACGAUAGCAACGAAGAAUGGAACGGAAUGAUUGGAGAACUUCUGGCGGGGAAUGCCACGAUGUCUGUAGCUCCAAUAAGCAUCAACUCACAACGGGAGGAAGCAGUAGAUUUCACUAAACCAUUUAUGACCCGCUACAUAAGUGUCCUGAUGAAACUUCCCAAAUCUGAGAGGUCCUAUUUUGAAUUUCUGAACCCCCUGCACCAUAUUGUAUGGUUCUGUACAUGUGGCGCCUUUGUGGUAGUUAGUAUAAUACUCUAUAUGCUGGAAAAGAUAGGGGCGUCUCAUAAUAAGGACUAUCCGGCGAUUUCCUUCCGCGAGAGCUUGUGGUUUGUUUUCGGGUCACUCCUUCAGGGCAGUACUGACGCCUCGCCGUCCACUCUCCCUGGCCGUAUACUGACCAGCGCAUGGUGGUUCUUUGCCCUCAUCCUUAUUUCGUCAUACACAGCUAACCUUGCUGCUUUCUUAACGGUCAAGAAGAUCAACGCCCCUAUCAAGUCGGUCACCGAUUUGGCAUCUCAGACGAAAAUACAGUACGGUACCGUUCGAAGCAGUGGAAUAAUGCAUUUUUUUAAGCAGACGACAAUUGAGCAUUUCUCGAAGAUGUGGGCCCAGAUGUCUGAAGUCCGGGAACAGGACUCCAUGGUUGACACUACAGCGGAAGGUUUUCAAAGGGUCAAACAGGGAAAUUAUGCCUUCUUUUGGGACACAACGGUUAAUAAGUAUAUGACCAUCAUGGACUGUGAGUUUAUGGAGAUUGGUCCCCAUUUCGAUCCCAAAGGGUUUGGAAUAGGGGUCCCUCCUGGCGCCACCUAUCGGGAGGAAUUGUCAAUGGCUAUCCUAAGGAUGAGUGACACCGGACUUCUACACGAGUUAGAAAACAAAUGGUGGGGCCGGCGAAAUUGUCCGGAUUUUACCAAACCGUCAGCGGACGAGACGUCAGAGUUACAGAUAGAAAACAUUGCUGGAGUGUUUUUCAUUCUAGUAGGCGGCAUAGUGUUCGCAGCCAUUGUGUGUGGGUUUGAACAUUUCACAAAAAUGCUCCAUAACGCUGCAAAAAAGCAGAAAACACCACAAGCUGAAAAGGAACGUGAAAGUUUUUUACUUCCAACAAGAACGUAGAUAAUAAUUCAUGUGACGUCAAAUUCGUUCCAGUACUUUUGGAUUCCUGUGUUUAAAAUCUUCAUAUAUAAAAGCAUGUUCAAACCACCAAGGAGAUUUCAACAACGAUGGAUUGAAAUAUUAACUUUUAUAAUCUGUAACGAUUCAAGGCAUUCAACGAGUAGCAAUAGCCACUAACAUUGACGGAAACAGAAACUAACACAAUUAAGCUUCCGUAUAAUUAUGAUGGAAAAAGGAAUUCAAUGUUUCGGAUAAAAUUAACGUUGAUAGAGUAAUACGUUAAAUUGGAAUGCUACAACUAUUCCAAAAAAGCCUAGUAUGUAAAUGUGUUGUGUAUGAGAUGGUAGUUCCUUUGAACACUAGUAUGGAUCCAGUAUGGCAUGUUACGUGUGUGAUAAGUAUAACAGUUGUCAAUCAACAUUGGAUUUUUUGAUUAUCGGAAAGUGUUAGCGUGACAGGUACCAUAGUACAUCUAUCAAUGAUAAUGAGAAAGAACGAACACCUGUAAUAAUAUACUUGCAAUGGUGACGACAAAUUUGAGUAUGAAUGAACGUUUCCAAAGGAGUAUGACUCCAUGCUAUUGAUACAUAAUAUACACAAAAGCGCAGAGGGUAAAUGGUAUCCAGGGAGAAAAUGACCGUAUCAGGUGAAGAACGUAUAUAACCCUAGGGAAAAUAUGAGGUUAUGAUAGAGAUCUGGUAACUGGCGGUUGUGAUAAUAAAUGAUGUAUCCCAAUAAAAGAGACUAACGUCAAAAAAAGGUAGUCGAGUGAUUCUGCUAUUAAUGUUUCUUUCAUUAUGUGGAGAACUGAGUAAUGUACCAGUAUGAGUUUAAUUGAAAGCAAUCUCUGCACCAAAAUGAAUCAUUCCGUUCAUUAUCAAGUACAUUGUCACGAUCUCUUUAUUUUAAGGUGUUGUGUGAAAGAAUUUAAUGCGAUGCACCAACACAGUGAUUCCCUACUCAUAAUGGGACUUCCGGCCCGGCAAUCCUAUUCAUAAACAUGUUUUAUCGUCACACUCCCAGUGGGGGAAAACCAGAUGAAGAAAUGAAUAUUCUUUGAUUUGUUUGUUUGGUUGAAUGAUGUAUUUCGGGAUAAAAUAAUAUCUGUACAUAGCUGAUUAAUAUGUCUCCUUGUAUACACCUGUUGAAUAUAUAUAUUUCUAGAAUGAGUGCUGAAAAUAAGUAAAAAUGUAUACUCUGUAUAUAGACCUUUGAUGUGACGGAUGACUGUAGCAUUAAUCGAUGAUACUGAAACAUACGAUAAGGUUGGGGGUUUUUACCUUUAAUUGGCCUUACUACUCUUUAUACUGUCACCCUAGAAACUAGAGGGACGUAGUACUGUUUCUUGAAGUAUUAGAAUUCGUGAUAUAGCUUUUCGAAUACUUAUAAAAAGAGAACGAAGUUUAAGGAUAAUUCGUGUUAAAAUAAAGCGGCAGGGAACUAAUCUAAUUAAUUAGUAUAGAAAUGCAUUAUGAAUCACGUCAGUCAAAUUACAAAUGGUCGCAAAUUAAACUACAAUGUAAUUGAAUUUAUCGAAUCAAGUAUCACAGCUCAGGUUGCAGGUUGUGGUUUGAAUAAAGCGUCGCCAUGGUGAUGUUUAUUCUCAGCUUUUAUCGUCUCAUAAGGUGUGUCGUAUAAUUGGCUUGCAUAAUACUCCACAAACAAAUGAUUCGAUUGAUAUAAAAUCUAAGGUACAUCAACCCAAUAAGUUCAACAAGGCACAUAUCGUAGACAACCGAAAAACUAUGUAAGUUAGCAUAAAAGACUCGCAAUCAAUGCAUAAAGUCGAUGUUUGUGUGAGAGUGAACAAAAAUGACUCGCAAUCGUUGCCUUCAGUCAAAGUUAGUAUCAAAACUUUAUAUCUAGGUGGCCUGUUUAUGUGAUCACGGUAGAGGUUUUGUCAGUUAGGGGGUUGGAUAAUCCAAAUGAAUACUUUUACAAUGAUGAGCUCUUUAGUUAGACUCCAGAUAUUACUACGAUGAACAUAUAGUUACAUGACUUGUGAAAUAUUUAAGAAUUUACAGAGUUUGGCAUGCGUCCAGUUUGAUAUCACAUCCUUUACCAGUCUAAGAGUCCCGAUGUCAGCCAGAUGAGCCGGAGGCCAAGGAGUUUAUAUCGGACUUGAAGUCUCAUAAGGAGUAUGCUAUCGAAAUGGUCAGAUGUUAAACUGAUUUUAGAAUUUAGUAGACAAUUGAUAAAAUAUCCGUUUAUACUAAUGCAGUUCAUUUAAUUUUCACGAGUGUGCUUAAAAUUCAUAAUUUGAUAUCACACACCUUAUCCACGACAGUUGAUUUAACAGUUGCAUUGCAAUAAUCUCCCAUACAAUUGCGAAAAGGGUUAUCAAGCCCAGUCUAGAGUUUAUAUAACAGUCAUUUCACUGUGCCAUACAGCAUCACGUGACUUAACAAAACAUCGUCUUUCUUUGAAUUUUGCGUUUCAGGAAAAAACUCAUUCCAACUUGCGAUGGUCGCUUAUGACUUGGAACUCAUUUUCGCAAUUGUUUUGAUUUUGCGAUUAAAUCCUCUCGUGAAUUAAGGCGAAUAUAUAUAAAUGUCUCGCGACAGUAAAUUGUUUAGCGGUAUAUCAUAACAAGCAGGUGACCAUUUUGAAUCUUUCCCUAUAUGACAAUAUGUCAGUGCCUUAUGAUGAUGGUAGUUAUACUAGACGUUGUUUGGCGCAUUUCCUUUCAAAUAUGUUUACACUUCACUUCAUGUUAUGUGGCAAGUUAUAGGUUUUUGUCCCUAACAUAAUAACCUAUCUGUAAAUUAAUCCGCUCAGUAGAUAAAUGUUAGUUAACUCGUGUCAGACAGUCUAAAUUUGUUCCUAUGUCUUCAUUCUGUAAAAUAUUACUCGUUCAAUAGCCCUCGGGGCUGUUUCGAAUAUCACCAUUUGUUUAAAUUGGGUUCUUUCGGAAUAUGAAAAAAAAAGACUUCUAUUGUAAUUUUAGAUUAUAUUUUUAUGAAAUUUUCUAUUUCUAUGAUAGUUUGAUUAUGUUUUGAGGUCAAUCACCGAUCCUUGUUCCUGAGGUUUUUAUUUUCAUUCAGCAAACAAAUGUCCUUUGCUGCAAACAUAAAAUUUCCAAACAUUACUCAUGCUAAAAAGUUAGAGGGCAUUUGCUUCGUAGGUUUAAUUUGAUUCCUAUCAUGCAAAAAUGUAUCACAGGUUUAUAUGAUAGCAUUCGCUAGAUUUUCUUUUUAACGUAGGUUUUAGUUAUUGUUGUGAACUUCCAUUUGAUGUUUUUGAAUGUGAAUACCGUGCUGAAAAUACAAAUUCGAGUUUCCGUUAUAUUUUAAACGAGUCUUUCAUAAGGAAAAAUAUUAUUACGAAACCAACUUGGAAGAAUGAUUGAAAUUAUUCACCACGUAUUCAAUUUUACUAUUUGCACUGUGAAUUUAAAACGAUCCACAAAAGAUAUGCAUCACCAAAUAUCUAUGAUUGGUGGUGAGUAUUCGGAUCAGGUCAUUUUAUAAGAUGUACAAUAAUACCAGUUUCCUCGAAUAAAGGUAAAAUUAUAGUGUGUUUUGAUGUAGGUGAACAUGAUUAUAGUUGUUCUCGAUGUCAUGAAUCAUAGACCGGAGAUAAAAAAAAAAUCUAUCCCUGUACGAGAUGCUCGAAGUAUGUGUAAUAAUGAUUAAAUGUAAAUCAGAUUAUCUCUGUAGUAAUAUAUGGGGUUACUCUGUUUUACUUCUUUGUGAUAUUGAUAUAUGACAGAUGUCGGGUUUUCUAUUCUUAACCUGUUACAAGUAGCCCAUUCUGACCUAUCUAUAUGUAAAUAUAUCAUAUAAUAAUAUUAUAAAGAGUUUAUUUUGUUCUUAAUAUAUUUAUAAUUUAAGUUACAUCAUGCGUGCAUUGUUUGUUUGUCUGUUUGUCUUUUUGGGGUUUAACGUCCUCCUCGGAAGAACUAGUAUCAUAUGAGAACAUCAUCGAUAUCCAGGUGUUGCGCUCACGUACGCUCUCUGCACCCCUUGAAUAUGUCAUGGCAAAAUUGAAGGCGCGAAGAUAGCUGUUUGAUUGAUAUCCGGUAA